CCUUGCUUUGUUUCCUCCAGAAAACUAUCAAAAGCUUUUCUCUAUUUACUCUCCUUGAGGUUUUCUGUCAUCCUAUCCUAUUUUUCAAUUCCAGAGGAGAGUAGCAUCAGAAAAGCUUCACAAUAUAUUAAUAUUUGGCGAAGAAAUACGAAAAAGGAAAAAUAAUAAGGAAACGUUGGGGCCACGUCGGUUUUGUCUUUCCCGACAGCUUAUAAAAAAACCAAACAUAAGCCGUGCGCCAUGGAUUGUAUACCAUUGUCAGGAAGCGACGACGGAACCCAAUCUCUGAUGGACAGCCUCUUGGGUCUUCUCAGAGUGCGUGUCAAGCGAGGCAUUAACCUCGCCGUCCGCGAUGUUCUGAGCAGCGAUCCUUACGUUGUUGUCAAGAUGGGCAAACAGAGGCUGAAGACUCGUUUUAUAAGGAAGGAUAUCAAUCCUGAGUGGAAUGAAGAUCUGACCCUUUCUGUUUCAGAUCCCGACGCUUCUAUUAAGCUGACGGUGUAUGAUCAUGACACAUUCACCAAGGAUGACAAAAUGGGAGAUGCAGAAUUCAACAUUAAACCAUUUAUAGACGCCUUGAAGAUGGAUCUAGAGGGCCUCCCAAGUGACACAGUGAUUUCAAGAGUGCAACCAGGCAGAUCAAACUGUUUAGCUGAUGAGUCCUGUGUGACAUGGAAAGACCACAAGGUGAUACAAGAUAUGUGUCUGAGGUUGAGAAACGUUGAACGUGGCGAGGUCGAAAUCCAGCUCCAGUGGAUCGAUCUUCCUGGCUGCAAGGGCUUAUAGAUCGAUGAGAUCGUGCCACCAUGUCCCUGUUUUAUCAUCUCAUCUCAUCUUCAACUACUUGAAUAACAAAAUUUACUUUGUUAACAAUACUGCUUUUUUUUUUUUUUUUUUUUUUUCAUUGCUAAGCACCCAUGGCUUGCUUUU